AUGAACAAGCUCUGUGCUCGUUGGGUGCCGCGUCUCUUAACAGACGAGCAAAAACUAACCCGCAAGGAUGUUUCGACGGAGUGUUUGAAGAAGUACAGGCAUAAUCCUAACGAGUUUUUACGUCGCUACAUAACGGUUGACGAGACGUGGAUCCACCACUACACGCCUGAGACAAAAGAACAGUCUAGGCAGUGGACAAAUCGGGGUGAACCUGCCCCUAAGAAAGCAAAAGUGGUUUUGUCAGCCGAUUUGGCCCCUUGCGACUUCCAUUUGUUCCCAGAUCUCAAAAAGUGGCUAGGCGGACAAAAGUUUUCGUCGAACUCUGAAGUCAUAGAAGCUGUUAAUAGGGUUUUAAAACACCAUGUAUUUGAUUAUUUUCCAGUGCCAUACAUAAAGCCCUGCAAAUGGAACGACUCGGUGUGCCUGAAGGCUUCAGUGCAGGCCGCCAUACCAGUGAUAGCUGCUGGUAUUCUAGAAUUGGGAGUGGCUUCCUUCGACCCGAUGGUCGUAGAGAAGAUGAGCACCAACAACGCUGGAUUAAACCUGGAUCUCAGCCAGAUCACUAUCACUGGGCUGAGUCAGUGCAAGGUUAGGAAAGUUAGCCGUGACCUCGAGAAGUCAAUCUUAGUGCUUAGCAUGCGUUGCCCCUUAGAGCUGGAUUCACACUACAACGUCUCUGGGAACCUGGUCGUCAUUCCCAUUGAGGGUAGCGGGGAAUUCGGUUUCACUGCUGAAAACGUGAAGAUGAAGUUGGAAGCCAAGAUUGGAGAACAAACUGCUGCCGACGGCAAGACGCACUGGAAGAUUGCUAGCUACCAGUACAGCUACGAACCUGACAAGGUGUGGAUCAGGAUCACCAACCUCUUCGGUGGCGACGAGAAAGCAGGUACACAAUCAUUAUUUAUUAGAAAAAAUAUUAAUGAAUACUGGGGACUGGGGAUCAAAAAUGUCCAAAAAUUACCCGCACCCGUGCUGGACUUCAUCAACCAGCAAUGGCGGGUGUUCAUCCAGAGCAUUGGCAAGCCGUUUGUCGACGAGUGCGUCAAGCUGAUAAUCGACAACGUCAACAAAUGGAUGGCGGCCGUUCCAGCUGAAGAGUUGGAAGUAGAUUAA